AUGGAGGAAAGUAAACAACACGUGAGCUGCCUUCGCUCUCGGACUCGAGUCUUCCUUUUGGCUCUAGGCACAUUCAUCAUCGUCUGCGCCGCUGUGAUCCCUGCUGCUGUUGUCACAACACUACACAAAAAGCACAACAUGGGCCCAAAAUCAAAGGUCUUCAUUCCGCUCUACGUGUACCCCGAUCCUGGAGCCUGGAGCCCUCUAGAAAAAGUGAUCUCUGCUCACCCCCAUGUGAACUUUACGGUUGUAAUCAACCCAGGAAAUGGGCCGGGGCCUGACGCAUUGCCUGAUGCUAAUUAUACCCGUGAAGUUCCCAUUCUCGCGUCGUACGCUAAUGUACGGCUUUUGGGGUACGUUCAUACGACUUAUGCCACUCGUAAUAUAUCCCUGCUCCAUAGAGAUAUUGAGACAUAUGCGGCUUGGCCUACCAAGUCUUCCAACCCCAACCUGGCUGUCCGGGGUAUAUUCUUCGACGAAACACCUCAGGCGUACAGUGAUCAUGCGUUGGAUUAUUUGCAAAAUCUGACUGAACUGACCAAGGGUCUAAACGGGCUUGGUUCGGAUCCAUUUAUUGUGCACAACCCUGGUGCUGUACCUGACUCCCGGUACCUCACAUCAGCAGAUUCAACAGUCGUCUUCGAAGGUACAUACAGCACCUUCCAAGAAAGGCUCGGGGCAAAAAUAUUCACGGCGAUCCCCGACAGUAAUCGCACCGAGUUAUGCGCAGUCCUACAUUCCAUCCCUAGCGAUGUGACUGGAUCUCAGCUGCGCAGCUUAGUAAAGCAGGUCCGCGGAGUAUCUGAUGAGAUUUUCAUGACACAUCUCAGUGAUGAUUACUAUGCUAGCUUUGGGCCACAGUGGGCUGAGUUUGUUGAUCAGAUGGCGGCUUGA